AAGAUAUGCUAAAUUAAAUCAAUUUUUUGAAUCACUUAAGCAAACGGAAAGAUUAGAAGAUGCUCAAAAAGAAAUAAUAAUUCGACAAGAAAAACAAGGAGUUACUAGUAAUACCACAUCUUCUACUAAAAAUAAUGAUCAAAGUAAUGGAGAAAGUUCAAAUAAGCCUUUAAAAAUUCUUUGA